UCGUCGCAUCGACUUUCGCUGGACGAAACCAACAACAAGAAACCACGCAGCACACGCACGGCACCAUCUGUCAUCGUAGAGGGAUGGACUGUCCUUCGCUUGGUCCCCGGAUCGUCUGGUCUGCGCACGGGCAGGGAUUGCGCGUGCUCCGCUUGCUAAUGUGACAUCCGAGAUGGAUCCCGUGCUCCCGCGCUGCCUGUGUGGAAUUCCUUCUCCAGUAGCCCCUUUCUCCCUUCUCCUCUCCAUGACUCCAAUGUGUCCGCAGACUAUCGAUGAAAGAUGGUGGACAGCGGUUUAGUGUGUUGGUCGCGUUUUUGAUCGCUGAUCGAAGUGCGCUUCACGACGACUCUGUAAGAGAAUUGGACAGAUAUGGUCAAGCCGUGAUUGUACAGCGAUUAGUGGACAUCGCCCGAUCGUGAGGUGCAGAUUACCACCGGGACAUGCCGAUGCCGAUGCCGAUGCCGAUGCGACGCGACACAGUGUGUACGUGACCAGCCAAGGACAGAACUGAGAACGUGAGGCCACUGUGGCCACUCAACUCAACCAGAGCCAGCCAGCGCGCGAUAUGAUGCGUUCCAGCACCACAACCCGCAGCAGUACACUGCUCGCGGCGGUACUGGUGAUCCUAGCGAUCACGAUUCGACAAGCGACAGCCAGUGCAUCAUUAUCUGGAUACCGGGAACCGUGCACGAACGAAGGCGAAGAGGUUAAGAUCAGCCAUUCAUGCUUCAAGUGUAUCUGCAAGAAUGGCUUCGUGGAGUGUGAACAGCAGAGCUGCCCGGCGGUCGACGAUUGUUUCGUGUUGCAGAAGAGAGAUCCGGAGGCGUGCUGCGAAAAGUGUAUCGGAUGUUUAUUCGAGGGCCGGCACAUCGACAGCGGUACCGAGUGGACCGAUUUGGAUGAUCCCUGCAUGCACUACAAGUGCGUUUCCGGUGUGGUCACCCGGUCGGAGAUGAAGUGCUACACGCCCUGCUCCAAUCCGAUCGCACCCCGCAAGGGUCAGUGCUGUCCGACCUGCUUCGGAUGCCAACUAAACGGCCAGAAGGUACUCGGCGAAGCGACACUGAGUGAGGAUCCGUGUGUCAAGUGUACCUGCGCUGGCCAUAAGCUGACCUGCACCAAGAAAUCCUGCCCAGUGCUCCAGUGCCCGUUGACGAAACAAAUCCGCACCCCGGGCGAAUGCUGUCCACGGUGUGGCGAACGUCGCGAAGAGAUCACCAACGGUUCUCCGAUGUGUAUCCUCGGGAAGUUGGUCAGUUUUACGGGCGACACGUACCGUGGGGAUCACUGUUCGGAUUGUACCUGCCGUAAUGGAACUUCGGUGUGCCACAAGAACACCUGCCCGAUACUGGAGUGUGCGAUCGAGGAUCAGAUGCGAGAACCGGGCGAAUGCUGCCCAUCCUGUCCGGUACCGGCGGAAAUCCGGAGCACCUGUACGAAUGCCGGCAAAGUUUAUCAGAACAACGAAACGUGGAGCCUGAAUGCGUGCACAUCCUGCGAGUGCCGUGCCGGUGAGGUACGCUGCGCCAACAUCCAGUGUCCGAAGCGAAAGUGCGGUCCAAACGAGUCACUCGUCCGCUUACCCAACGAGUGCUGCCCACAGUGUGUCGAAAGUCCGGGCGUUUGCACCGUGUUCGGUGAUCCACACUACAAAACGUUCGAUGGUAACUUCUACAGCUUCCAGGGUUCGUGCAAGUACCAGCUGACGGCGGACUGUGUUGGGCAUAGUUUCUCGAUCCGCGUUACCAACGAUGCCCGGAUGACAAAGUACAGUUCGUGGACAAAAACGGUCACGUUGAAGCUGGAAGGGGUGAAGGUGAACCUGGGCCAUCGGAUGCGUGUUAAGGUGAAUGGAACGCGAGUGGAGCCACCGUACAAACUGGCCGGCACGCUCGACAUCUACCGCAGCGAUGACAACACGGAGGUAAUCGUGGAGACGGGGCUCGGUGUGAAGCUGUCCUGGGAUGGAUUCAACUUCAUCCAGGUGCAGGUACCGACGGUGUACAAGGGGAAGCUGUGCGGUCUGUGCGGUAACUACAACAGCGUCUUCCGGGAUGAUCUGUUUACCCGGGCCGGUCUCAACAUGACGCACAACGUGUGGCGCUUCGCCCGUUCCUGGGCCGUCGGUGGUCCGAAAGCGUGCACGCGGCAGCGCAAGAACGAACUCGGCGCACGGCACCCGCAGUGCAAGACGAAGAAGUUUUUCACCUUCUGCAAAGCGCUCCGGACGGCCGAGGUGUUUGGGAACUGUAACUCGCUACUGAAUCCGGACAAUUACUUCGAGUCGUGUAAGUUCGAUAUGUGCGAGUGUCCACACCGGCAGUGUUACUGUGACAGUAUGGCAGCGUACGCGCACGAGUGUGUCCGGCAGGGAGUGCAGUUGCCCGACUGGCGUACACUCACCGGUUGUAGCCGGAAUGCGACGAUUGGUGCAUCGGCAGGAUCUGCCGUAGUGGCGCAGAUGCAGAAGCAAAUCCUCGAGAAGCAACAGCAGCAGCAACAGCAACAACGCCAUCACCGUCUGAACGGCAUUAACAGGAACGCGAUCCAUCGGCAGACGAAAAAACCACGGAGACCAGCGAAGCAGCUGGAACCACAGAACCAAGAACCUCUCCUCCAGCAACAGCAGCUGCAGCACCAGCAUCCGCAGCAUCACCGUCGGAUGCAUCACCAUCAGCAGCAGCAGCAGCAGUUGCUGUUGCAGCAAAACGUUAUCCCGGUGCGCCCGGUUAGCGGUAACCGUCGGACACCGCCACCGUUGCAGCGCUAGAGCUUCUCCUCGUUCCUCGUUAGCAUCUAAAAGCGGGGGCCGUGGGGCACCGGAUGUCCCAUAGAGUCGCCCCGAUCGCCUGUCCUGCUUCUUUUUCCGUUUCCCUUUUUUACGCCUUAUCAGUUUCUCAUCGAAUAAGUGCACCCCCAUCCCAAAUCCCCCCCAACCCCCCCCAACCCGCCAAGAUUGUACAUAUUAGUUAGCAUUAGCCGGCGACGCACGCACGCACGCACGCAUCCCCCCUGGGGCCCUUGGUGUGUCUCUCUGUCUCUGGGGAGCCAUUAAUCUGAAUCUGAAAUCCCAGUGGAAAUCUCAACCGCAACGCACGCGGAACACGUCGUGUUCCGUCUUUUUUUCUCUCUCUCUCUUUGAGUUGCGAUCCUUGCAGCGACCGCGAUCGCAGUUGCCAUUGCUUCUCCAAGCAGUAGCCAUUGCUUUACGAACCGAGAGGGGGGUUGUGUAGGUUUAAAGUGCGUGCGUUUCAGUUCUCUUAUCACUUUCCACGUUUUACUUUCAUUAUAUUCUCUUUUGUUUUACGUGAACAAACUUCUAUUAUUUUUUUUUUCAUACUUUUCGAUACUUUUUGAUACGGCUUAGUAACUUUAUUAUUACAUUUUUAAACGACUCAUCGGCGGUACACAGUGCGAGUACAACUACUGUUCGAAGUAACUAUUACUAUCAUUAAUUAAUUUUAACAUUAUUAUACCUUAGCUGAGCUCGGAGUUCGUUAGCUCGCCGAUCGCGGACGCAAACGAAUUGUACUUUGUAGACGAACGAACUUUACUUUUUAUGAAUCCAUUACUAUUUGUGACAUUCAUCAGUAUUUAUUUCCUGCUCCCCCCCCCCCCCCCCCCUCCCGCGAACUGGAAUUGGAUUACACGUCGCAAGAGUAGGGGCAAAGGAGAAGGCCAGAGUGGAAAGGAAGAGCAGAGAGCUACACUAUAGUUAGUGCAAGGAUUAGGUAUAGGGCAAAGAGACGAGUGAUGCGUGGAAGGAAGUACUACCAGAGGAGGGGACUAAGCAUAAUACCAUACCAUGUCACAUGCAUACAGACACAGACAGACAGACAGACAGACAGACAGACAGACACAGCCAUUUCUCUUUGGGGCUUCCGGUGUUACAGACGAUGAACAAUCCGAUCCGAGAGUUGCCAAUUACCGUAGACUAAACACCGCAAAACGACCGGAAAUGGACCGUAUCCUGCCGCGCGUUGCUACAGAUAGACUUCAACAAAACAAUUCAAUCCACACAUUCCACCAACUCCGAACCUUUCAACUCUUCUGGACAAACACACAAUUAGUCUCUCUCUCU